UAAUGCAGUGACGCGUUCGUCAAGUAGCAAUAAUUUAUUAUUAUUCGGUGGAUUGUACCUGCAUUGUUGAUUGGGGUAGAAUUUUUCAGCACAAGACAUCAAAGAAAAAGGAAAUGAAACAAAACAAACAUACAUUACGUAAUUGAGUUACAUAACACGUGCAUACGUAUGCGCCCAUGAACCAACUGCCCUGAGAUAGCUGUAUGCAACUUAAAUUAGUAUCAUCGUAUUCUUGGAUUAGUAUCGGAGUACCGUUUGUUGAAUAAGUGACCAAGUUUAGCGUCUUCGUUUACUUUAUUAUCAAACUGUGGUGGUGGAAUAAAUUGUUGGUAGCUUCAUAUUGGUAUUCUGGUUUCAACAAGUGAGACGAUAAGAUUACUUCGCGAAAUAUAGAAAAAUAAAAAUAACUACAAUGAGCGACUGGCUGAUUGUUGGAAUAUCCGGAGUUACGUGCAGCGGGAAAACGACUCUGUCUAAAGAAAUAAAUGCCAAGUUAACCAACUCUGUAGUUAUAAGUCAAGAUGAUUAUUUCCUACCGACAGAUAGCCCACGGCACACUUUUAUACCUGAAUUGAAUCAUAUUAACAUGGACAUAAUCAGCAGCUUGGAUAUGGAAAAAAUGCACAAUGACAUAUUGCAAGUAAUUCAGGAUUUUGAAACGGGAAAUGGCGAUGGGAACUGUAGAACUACUAGGAGAGUAUUGAUCGUUGAAGGAUUUCUCAUUUUUAGCUACAAACCAAUAUCAGAUUUGACCAAUUUAAAGUAUUUUAUUACCCUUGACAAGGAUGAGUGCUGGAAGAGGCGAGAACUUCGCACGUACCUUCCACCAGACGUUCCGGGUUAUUAUGAAAAAAUUGUAUGGCCAGAAUACUUGAAACAUAAGUCAGAAAUAAUAAAUGACAGUAGUUUGAGCGAGGUUAAAUUUAUCGAUGGAUCAAGAUCAAAAAAAGAUAUAUUCGAUGAGGUUUACAGUGCAAUUAAGUGCCUAAUGUGUAAAGAAUGUAGCGAAUGUACACAGAGCUUGUAGAGUUCCUCAUGAAAUUAUAGGUGGAUAAAUGAUGAUUUGUAUUGUUAUAAUAUAAAUAAAAAGAAAACCUACAAGUUUUCCUUAGAGCGCAAUUGAAUAAAUACAUUAUCGAAUGUGCAUUCAAUAA